GUAGGUUUGGCUCUUGUAGUUGAUGGCGAGGUUUGGGGAGGAAUCAUGGGUUGCCCAAACUGGCAGGACGAAAAUAUCAGCAAUUCAGAAACUGGACUGCUAUCUGAACGAGGGAUUGUUAUGGUUGCUCAUGUUGGCUGUGGAACAUGGAGAAAAAAACUAUUUGGUAUGGGAAGGAGUGCUACUGAAGCUCCUAGCUAUUGGUCCAGAUGCUAUGUUGACAAGUAUUCCUUAAUCCAUCAGGCACACUUUUGUACUUCCGAUAAUCAAACAUGGGAAUCGUUACCUCUAACAGCUUCACUGGAUGCUACUACUAAUCCUGAGAGUACAAAUGAAAAUAAAGUUCUCUUUCUUACUGCCUGCUGCGGAAGCUUGUUUAAAUACUUAAUGGUGGCAUCUGGUAGAGCAACUGUAUUUAUUAUGCGUGCAAGGGCACAAGUUAUCAUAAAGUCUUGGGAUCAUGCUGUUGGGAUGAUAUGUGUCCAUGAAGCGGGGGGAAAGGUGACUGACUGGAGAGGUGGGCAAAUUGAUCUGGCUGCUGAUGAAGUUGAAAGAAGAAUUUUAUACCCUGGUGGUGGUUUUCUUGCGACAAAUGGGUUGUUACAUAGCGAAGUUCUCCAGAUGAUCUCUUGAUUCACUAAACAAAUUUGAUUAUUCUAUUUGUACAAUUCUUUACCCAGGUUUAGAUUCUAUAUAACUUUUGGCUUGGGUGUUUCAGAAGUUAUUUGAAUGGGAGGGUUUUGAAAGCUUAUUACCAUACUAUUUAUGUAAACUAGUUGUACUGUGUAAAGCUUUAUGAGAAAUAUAUAUGGAAGAUUACACAUAUAUAAACUCUUCAAUAA